UGAUGAGGACAAACAGUUUCAGUGCAGUCUGACCAGCCUUGUGUUUGUGAUGGCGAGUGAAGGAGAGCUGCUGUAUAGAGUUGUCUCAUGGAAUCCUGGUCUGUUAGAUGGUUUGGGUCAGAUGAAGCCUGCAGGACCAUUGUACAACAUUGACUGUUUUAAUGGUUCAAUUUCAGGACUGCAUCUUCCUCACUGUGAAAUAUUCUGUGGUAGGUUUAUUUUUUACAUCCUAUUCGGACGGUAAUUGUUUUUCAGGGAGACGCAAGUUAUUUUGACUGUUUACAGGGGGUAGUUGUUGAAUUUAAUGCCGAUCGAAUCCAGGAUGUCUGUGUUUUUCUCACACCACCCUCGUAAAAACCCCCGUCUGUUUUUUGACAAACGCCAGGUCGUGUGGUAACCUAAUUUAGUUGCCGUCUGAAUCCACAUCUCUGAGUUUACGAGAAGAAAUCGAUUCCAAAUUCAGUGUUUAAACCCUUUUUGAGCAUGCACUCCCAAUAACCGUAAGGUAACGUUGUACGUCGGUGUAAUUUGCAUACAUACCCUAUUUAGGCUGAAAUGCUGAAAAAGUAUUUAAAAGAACAAUACCUCAUAACUGCUCCACCACAACAUCUGGGACCAGAAAGAGAAAAAAAAUUAAGCACAUAAACAUUCGAAAUGGGUCGAUUUUUUUAUGGCCGCAGUAGGUAAUAGCCUACAAUUUUAAAAUGUGUGUUAUAUGAGCAGCGCGUUCCCAGGUUUGUACUAGGUUCACAGAACGCCAUCGGAAUCCAUGAGUUUUAUCACUGAGGUGAUAUGUAAAUUUAUUUUUACAGAUGUGCAUAUAAGAAACAAUUACCGUCGGAAUCGGGCUUAUGACAGAUAAAUGGAUGAUAAAGUGUUAAGUUUGUAACUAGCCUAUUUGAAUCUGUAGCCAGAUAUUUAAGGGUAUAUUUCAGUUUUAUUGUGAAAACCUGUUAAAUCAAUUUUAAAACAACCACAAUAAAAAACUGUAAAUGAUAUGUGCUUUACAGAGGAAAACAAAGACAGCUUGACUGUAGCACGUUUCACUAGCGGCAAUGUAGAAAUAAUGAAGCCUCUCAAAGUAACUGAAACUCAUGUGAUAAUUGACAUCAGAGAUCUCUCCCACUUUGGCCUCUUAAAAAGGAUCAUCUUUCCUCCUUCCCCUGUCAUUGCCCAAGUACUUCUCUUUCUACGACCUCUAACUGAGAGACAGAGUGAAAACAUACUGGAUGUCCAUUUGCUCCCAUGGAACGUUCCACUGUCAAAGGUAGCCUAUCAUUAUACUGUGGUGUGUGUGUGUGUGUAUAUAUAUAUUUAUUUAAAAAAAAAAAUGUACAGUCUUCUCUUCUCUCUCUCAGUAAAGGACCAGCACACGGAAAAUACACACAUCAAAACCAGUUCAAAAUGUUCACUUACUCCAGAAUCAGAAUACUGUCUUUGUUGUCAACCAGAAGAAUCUACAGUGCAGCCGGCGUCAGAGACGUUUGAGUGUUAUUAUGGUCCAAACUAUCAUCCCACAUUUGAAGUGUUUGUGGAUGUUAACAAUAAGGAAAUUAGACUGAGUCUUUUGGAUAAAACAGGAAGGGGAGUGUGGGAACCACGUCGAAUCCUUCUCACAGGCCAAGUUGUAGAACCUCCUGCUUACAGAAGGCCCACAGAAUGUGAAUUUGUUGAGAAACACAGAGAUGAACUCAUCCGAAGAGUUUCAUCAGUGAUGACUAUUGCUGAUGGACUGAGGACCAAAGACAUGAUUCCAGAUGAAAUGUACAGUAAAGUUCAUGCUGCAGAACCACGACAGGAGAAAACAAGACUCUUGUUGGAUGCUCUUGAUUCUGGAGGAACUGCUGUAAAAGCAGAAUUCUACAAACUGCUGAAGAAUGAGGAACCUCAUCUAGUGGAUGAACUGGAGUCUGGACCGAGUAGACCACAGCAACUCUGAGAAAAAAAUCAGAGAGGAACUUCAGUCAGUUUUAGAUGUAAAUGGCAACUACAGCUUCUUUAUGUAUAAAAAAUAUAUCGCUUAUAUUUUCCUAAUUCACACAAAUAUUUCACUACAAAUUAUAUUACUGGCAUGUACUCCAUAAGUUUGCACAAAAACCUGAUGAUCAUGUUCUCCAGCAUGAUUUGAGAAUGUUCCAAAGACCAUCUAUUUACCAAAUCCAUGAAUCUGAACUAUUACUU